AUGUCGCGAUACCACAGGAAUCUUGAGCCAAUGGGCACCACAUGGCGGUCUACUUCUGCAUUUGCGCGUCCAGGCCUACACUGGCUGGCCAAAUUAAAUCCUGCCACGCGCAACAUGAAGGAUCCCAGCACCACCCCUCGCAUUGACGCCAAGAGGGCCAUAUUACGUCGUGCUACAGCAGAUUGA